AUGCCACGCGCGUCGAAAGAAAAGGACUCGGGAUUCCUGCCCCUGGGUCACGGAACUGUGUUGCCGCGAAGGGUUAGUGCGGUGAUUGUUCAAUUCAAAAGGAUAGCGCCACGUGGCGCAGCUGGGGGUCUGCUCGCAACGUCCCCAGGGUCUAACGUCGCGCACGGGCGCCCGGAGGCGCGCCAUGUUUCCGCUUCAAUAAAAGGCAGGCGGAACAGGCGCUCGAGAUCCGACUCCUUUGUUGCACUGUCGUGUUUCCGCUGCGGCCAGGUGUGCGCUGUCAAUGGCCCCUUGUUUUCCAGGCAGACUUUGGGCAUCCAAUGCUACCGGGGGAGCGGAAGAGACGAGGUUGACCUCUGUCAGCGGUGGGGCUUCCUCGGCCCAAGGCUCAUGCACAGUCAGCUUGGCCAAUCGCCAACAAGUGCCAUUGAUGCUGUAGGUGUAGGGCUGCCAACUCAGUCAAAGCAUGAUGGCGCUCUUUGGCAUGCAUGA